UUACCAAAAAUAAUAUAUGUUAUUUUAUAUUUAAUUUAUUUUCAAAAUUUUUUAAUUUAUUCCAACUCUCUCCGUUCACUUAAUAAUAGUCGUACGUUUAAAAUUAUCCAUUUCUUCUCUUAAAUUACGUUAGCAUAAACAAAACCUAGAGAUUAACUUCAUGAGUUACACAAUUUAAUGGUUUUCCAGUACCAACAAAGAAGAAAAAUGAUCUCCUUUUAAAUGCAUUUAUUGAAGAGCAACUGCAAUGUUUACCCAAAAGAAGAAAAACUUUUUUGGAUAUUAGUUACUGAACUAAUUUAAUAAUGCAUUUAUUGAAGAGCAACUGCAAUGUUUUGGGCAGACGAUUCUAAAUUACACUAAUAAAAGGAUCCCCAUUAACCAUUGUCACUGUCAUUACAUGUUAGAAAAAGAGGGUGGCACGCCACUCAUCACUCAUCAGAACUUACCAGCAGCAGUGGGGCACAAACCAAGAAGGAAAUCGAAGAAUUCUCUUUGCGUGCUGAAACAGAAAGCCAAAUUUGAGCAAUGGGGAAAGCAGAGCUAAUCUUUAUUCCUGCUCCUGGGGUUGGUCACAUAGUAUCAACUAUUGAAUUCGCUAAUAGUUUGAUCAAACAAGAUGGUCAACUGUUCAUCACUAUUCUUGUCAUGAAGCUACCCAUUACUCCCUUUCUUGAUGCAUACACUAAAUCACUCACUGCUUCUCAACCCAACAUCAACCUCAUCGACCUCCCUCAAGUGGAUCUUCCCUCUUUACAACUUUUCAAGAAAUCAGUUGAAAGCUAUGUCGUUGAUUUGAUCGACAGAUAUAAACCCCAUGUCAAAAACGUUGUCACAGAUAUUAUGUCUUCGCGGACUAGCUCUGAUUCAGUUUCAGUUGUUGGGAUUGUUCUUGAUUUCUUUUGUGGUUGCAUGAUUGAUAUUGGAAACGAAAUGGGACUUCCUUCUUUUAUUUUCUUGACAUCUGGAUCAGGGUUCUUGAAUCUCAUGCUUUAUCUGCCCUCUCGCCAUGAACAAAUCGGCACUGAAUUUAGCUCAUCUGAUCCUGAUGUGUCAAUUCCAGGCUUUGUCAAUUCUGUUCCUGUAACUGUUCUGCCGGCAGCUGUGUUUAAUACCGAUGGAGGUUAUGAUGCUUAUAUUAAGGUUGCUCAAAGAUUCAAGGAUGCUAAAGGUAUAAUUAUUAAUACAUUUACUGAGCUUGAACCUUAUGCAAUUGAGCCAUUCAACAACGGCCAGGCUCCUAAGGUUUACCCUGUCGGGCCGGUGCUAAACCUGAAGGGUCAGCCUCAUCCAGACAUGAACCGUUCUCAAUGGGAUAAGAUCAUGGAAUGGCUGGAUGAACAGCCUGAAUCAUCUGCGGUGUUCCUGUGCUUUGGAAGCGCAGGCUUCUUCAAUGUUCCUCAAGUGAAAGAAAUAGCUCUUGGCCUGGAGCAAAGUGGGUGUAAAUUCUUGUGGUCAUUGAGGGUUCCACUAAUACAAGAUGAAGGCACCCAAAUAAUCAAGAAACCAGAGGAGAUGUUGCCAGAAGGAUUCCUGGAACGGGUAGAAGGGAGAGGAAUGGUAUGCGGGUGGGCGCCGCAGGUGGAGGUGCUCGGGCACAAGGCAAUAGGAGGGUUUGUAUCUCACUGCGGAUGGAACUCGAUCUUGGAGAGCUUGUGGCAUGCGGUGCCUAUUGUAACACUUCCUAUAUAUGCUGAGCAGCAGCUUAAUGCAUUUACAAUGGCGAGGGAACUGGGAUUGGCAGUUGAUCUAAAACUGGACUAUAGGCCAAAUGGUGAAAUUGCAAAAGCAGAGGAAGUGGAAAGAGCUCUGAAAUGCUUAAUGGAUAGUGACAGUGAGGUGAGAAAGAAAGUGAAAGAUAUGGCAGGAAUGGCCAGGAAGGCUGGGAUGGAAGGUGGAUCUUCAUUCAAUUCAAUCUUACAAUUUAUUGAAGAUAUAAAAGGAAGCAGCUACUAGAUAGGAUUGGGUUGUUAGUAGUUAAAAAGUAAGGUGUAUUGGUAGAUAUUUAUUACCAAGGAAAAUGUAACAUUUUCUAUUAAGUCAUGUCAUUUCCUGUUUUCUCACAACAAUUACAAUAGCAGAGCAUGUGUGAUCUUUGAAGCACAAACUGUGGUUAAGUUCAUUUCCGCAUAUAAAUGAAUGAAUUAUGACAGGAUUGCAACAACA